AUGCUUGUACUGGCGCUUGUCUUACUCCUUACAUUGGCGUCACCCGUGUCUGCCGUUUCGUUUUCAGCUUUAUUCGCCAACAAUGAUCCCUCAGCUUCCGAAGCCAGUGAUGUAGAUCUCUCCAACGGCACCAAUAUUAAAGUACGACAACCUCUUCUUAAAGCUACAGACUGGUUUCUCACUGAGCAAGAGAUCACCGACUCGCGGGGUGGCAUACCGCGGACUGACCUGGAAGCUUACACGACGGGCAACGCAGUGACAUCCUUCACUGUGACGAAAGAAUUCUACGACUCCGUUUACGACGAUCUGAGUGCGACGAAGAAAGGAGAUCGAGUCAUGCUUUCGGCGUUUGUGACCGCGCUCGUUCCAUUGAAACCAGACGUCGACGUUACUGGCGACAAGACAGGAGUUGGUAAAGUAUUUACGGAUAUGGUGAAGCGAGGAACCAAUGUCAAUAUCCUCAACUGGUCGAACAUCGGCUACAAAAUAUUCGCUACCAAGGCUCGCGAUCUCAUCAACAAAAUUCCGCCGUCUCCGAUCAAUGGUGCCAAAGCAGUCUUUCUGUUUGAUGAUCGCGUUCCCACGAUUGCGUCAGCUUACCAUCAGAAAACUCUGGUUAUUACAUCGAACAGCUCGUCAGACAUCGACUACCAGCCCGUUGCCUACGUAGGAGGCCUAGAUCUCGCAAAGGAGCGUUGGGACACCAUUUACCACAACAAUUCUGCACUUCGCGACGCAAGCGGCAUCACUUUUAAACGAAAAGGUUGGAUUGAUGGCCAUAUCCGGAUCCACGGACCGGCAGCGAGGGAUGUGGCCAACAACUUCGUGGCUCGAUGGAACUCGGAUUACUUACCCAGUCAGGGCCUGGUUGAUGAUCUCCUCGGCUUCGAGAACCCACCAUACGAAGAUAUCCCACGGAUCAGCUAUGCGAGCAAUACUGGAAGUCCCGGCAAUCAGAGCAUCCAGAUCACUAGAACAUUCAGCUGCAAGUACAAACACUACAAGGAAUUUGCUCCACGUGGCGAGAACUCCCUCUUUCACGCACGUAUCAAGGCGAUUAAGAAUGCGAAGAACUUCAUCUACAUCGAAGACCAGUAUUUUAUCUAUGUGCCGGAGCUUCUAGACGCUAUCAUGGAGGUGAUGCCCAAGAUUCAGCGUCUGGUUGUCAUCGCUAACCCAGAAACCAAUCCGAUCUCAAAGGGAGGAUACAUGAAGUAUCUGUACGAGAUGGUUUCGCCGAUCCGAGAGAAAUACCCCAACAAGUUCAAGAUGUACACUGUGAAGGGCGACCUCGAUCUGAUCAUUCAUACUAAAGUUGUGAUCAUCGACGACGUGUAUUUGUCUGUAGGCUCAGCUAACUGGAAUCGUCGAAGUAUGACGUCGGACCCGGAGCUCAACGCGGAGGUCGUGGAUGGAGAUACUGUGAAAUCUCCGGAAGGUGUGACAGUAGGGAAACUUCCUCGUGACUUUCGUAUCCGGAAACUCGUGGAGAUGACGAGACUCAGUUAUGAUGAACUGGACGCGAUGACUUUCAUCGAGGCGACGGACCAGCUAGCGCUGGCGGCUAUUGAUGAAUCCACAAUACUGGACAACUUGGACAUUAAGCAUCACGCUUUUUUCUUCGCUAUUACGGAUACCAUCCGAAAGAUUUCGGAUCCUCAGGACACCUGUGCCUACAGCUCUAGAUAA